CUCAUUGUCCCUCUUUUUCCCCUCUCGCUCGCUUUCUCGCUCGCAGACUCUCAGUGAAGGUAUCGUUGGAGGGAUAUCUUGAGGAGGGUAUUUGAAAAUGGUGGAGAAAUCUAAGGGAAGAAAGGAAGAGGUCGUUACCAGGGAGUACACCAUCAACCUCCACAAGCGGUUGCAUGGCUGCACCUUCAAGAAAAUGGCCCCCAAGGCCAUAAAGGAGAUCAGAAAGUUUGCACAGAAAGCCAUGGGAACUAAGGAUGUUAGGGUGGAUGUGAAGCUUAACAAGCACAUCUGGAGCAGGGGGAUCCGAAGUGUCCCUAGGAGGGUUAGGGUUCGCAUUGCUCGCAAGAGGAAUGAUGAUGAAGAUGCCAAAGAAGAGCUCUACUCACUUGUUACCGUUACAGAAAUUCCACCUGAAGGGCUGAAGGGAUUGGGCACAAAGGUUAUCGAAGAAGGGGAAUGAGGCAGUUUUGAGGUAGGGUAGUGAUUUUCAACCCGACAGAUUUUGAGAAAUUUUGUUGUACAAGACUGAAUUCAGAUAUCAGCUAGUUUAAAUUAACAAUAUUGAUGUCUUUGGUUUGUAGUGACUACUAUUAUGGUUUAGAAUAUGGUUCAAUUGCUUA